ACCUUGGAUUACCAACGGCGUCGUUUCUUACUCCACUUGCCUCGCAGAUGUGCGCUUUCCCAAGUUUUUCUCUUUACUCUUUAGAUUUUAGCACGUUAACUGGAUGUGAAAACGUCUGAGAGCGAUUUCUCAAGCGGUGAUGAUGGGGUCUAGUGGAAACACAGAGUCGAAGGUGGUGAAGGGCGAUGCUGGUUACGUGCUUGAAGAUGUUCCUCACUUGACUGAUUACAUUGCUGAUCUUCAGACCUAUCCCAACCCAUUGCAGAUGAAUCCUGCUUAUUUGGUGGUCAAGCAGUAUUUUGUCAAUGAGGACGACACUGUUGCCCAAAAGAUUGUUGUUCACAAGAAUGGUCCAAGGGGAACACACUUUCGACGUGCAGGACCUCGUCAAAAGGUAUAUUUUGAGUCUGAUGAAGUACAUGCAUGUAUAGUAACAUGUGGUGGUCUAUGCCCUGGCCUCAACACAGUGAUUCGGGAAAUUGUGUGUGGCCUUUAUCACAUGUAUGGUGUCAACAAAAUUCUUGGAAUAGAUGGAGGCUACAGGGGGUUUUAUUCCAAAAAUACUGUCACUUUGACACCAAAGGUUGUCUAUGAUAUCCAUAAACGUGGUGGUACAAUCCUUGGGACUUCAAGAGGAGGACAUGACACCUCAAAGAUUGUUGACAGCAUUCAGGACCAUGGAAUCAGUCAGGUGUAUGUCAUCGGAGGUGAUGGAACUCAAAAGGGAGCAGCUGUGAUUUAUGAGGAACUAAGGAGGCGUGGUCUUAAAGUAGCUGUUGCUGGAAUCCCCAAAACCAUUGAUAAUGACAUUCCGGUGAUUGAUAAGUCCUUUGGUUUUGAUACUGCGGUUGAGGAGGCUCAACGUGCCAUUAAUGCAGCACAUGUUGAAGCUGAAAGUUCUGAGAAUGGUAUUGGUGUUGUGAAGUUAAUGGGACGCUAUAGCGGUUUCAUUGCAAUGUAUGCAACUCUUGCCAGCAGAGAUGUAGAUUGUUGUUUGAUUCCAGAGUCUCCCUUCUAUCUUGAAGGAAAGGGUGGACUACUUAAAUUUAUUGAAAAACGGCUAAAAGAGAAUGGACACAUGGUUAUUGUUGUAGCUGAAGGAGCUGGACAGGAUCGUGUUUCUGAGUCAUUGCAGUCCAUGGAUGAUCAAGAUGCUUCAGGGAAUAAACUGCUUCAAGAUGUUGGAUUAUGGAUUUCCCACAAGAUUAAGGAUCAUUUUGCAAAACAUCAAAAGACAGUCAUUAAUCUCAAAUAUAUAGAUCCUACAUACAUGAUACGGGCAAUCCCAAGCAAUGCAUCAGAUAAUGUGUAUUGCACUCUCCUUGCUCACAGUGCAAUUCAUGGAGCAAUGGCUGGAUAUACAGGGUUCACUGUUGGCCCAGUAAAUGGCAGACAUGCUUACAUUCCUUUUCAUCGCAUCACUGAAACGCCGAACAAAGUUGUCAUUAGUGACAGGAUGUGGGCUAGACUUCUUUCUUCAACCAACCAGCCAAGCUUCUUAAGUUCCAAAGAUAUUUACGAAGCCAAGGAUGAGGAAGGACCUCCAACGCAAUUAUUGGAUGGGGAGUAUUGCAAAGAUACAAGUCAAUGACGAGGGAUUCCUAUUUCCUAGUAUGCACCAGAUGUCUGUAUCUUCAUCAUGGAUAGAUCUGUCUGUGGUUGUGCUUGUCGUAUGAGCAGAGAUGAUGACAAAUUCUAUGAAGUGAUUCAUUGGGGGCCUUUUAGAAUUUAUUCAUUGUGCUGGCCACUCCACUGUGUUGGACUAUGGUUUUCCAUUUUGCCAUAAAUUCCAGGCAACUGAAAGUCUGAAAGGCAAUGGUAUUUUUUUUUUAGUUUCCUUAUGAAGGAAGAGAUGAGGUAGCAUUUUAGUUUCUAUUUUGAAAUUUUAUCAUACAUUGGCCUUGUUA